AUGAUGACAUUCGAAGAAGAUCAAGGUCCCAAGUUAAAGGUGAAUGCUAAGCUCAAGGCACAGCUGUGCCUUUGUCUCUAUGAUAAUGUGAAGACCCCACUAAUCUCUUUUGUUUUUUACCCACUGUGCAGCUUGAGGAAUGCAAAUGGUUUGACUGCAGCAGAUCUGGCCCAUGCUCAAGGCUUCCAUGAUUGUGCUCAGCUCCUCUCUAAUGCUCACAACCAGCUAAAUCAGAUAAAUGGAUUUGCCCAUAAUGGGACCGACCAUUCGCACAUCCAGGGCCACAGUCUUCUGAAUGGGAUAGCCAAUAGAAAAAUAUUUCUUGAUUGCAGAGAGCCAAACCACAUGAAGAAAGCAAGAACUGAGCGCAUGAAUUUUUCAGCGAAGACAAACAGUGGGAUUGGAGAGGAGCUUGAGAGUAUGAAUGUGGAAUCAACUGCUGAAAACCAGUCAGAUGAAGCCAUAGCCACAGGUUUGAGGAAUGGUCAUGGGCAGCAGAACAGUUUCACUGUCAACAGCUUCGUCACAAAUGGGCAGUGCUAUCAGUCCCAAUUCAAUGGGGUCGAGACCAUUCCAGAUGAGUCAAGAAUGGACAUGUGUGGCUCACUGCACCUCAAUGGUAGCCCAAGCAGCUGUGUAUCUCACCGGCCUGCAUGGGGUGCGUUCCUGCCUGAAUCCGGGGAACAUCUGCGCUAUGGACACUACCAUGGCUUUGGAGACACGGCAGAGGACCUGGAAGAUGCUAGCAGCUGUCGGGAGCACAGCACGAUCGUGAAGGUAGAGCAGCACUACGACCAAGAGGUUCUCAGUGCCGUGCAGCUGUUCCAUGGAUCAUAAAGUGAAAAUGAUAUCCGUACAUUUGAUUACAAGUGGUCACAUUGAUGGCAGCACUAUACGCUUUAAACUGAGGGGCUAUCUAGCACCUUAACGCAGGCUGUUUUGUUUUUGGAUUUUUUUUUGAUAAAGGGGACAGUCUUUCUACCAAAGGGGAGAAAUUGUAUUGCAUUUUGUAUCUGAGCUAAUGACUUAAUUUUAUUAUAUGUAUGUGUUUGAACUCAGCCUCGAUAUCUGGAUGCAUUUCUUUUUUUUCCCUUUAAUGCAACGUUAGAAUGUUAAGUUGUACAAGAAGUUGAUUUUUAUCUGGAUUGAGUUUGUA